CCCUAACUGGGAGAGGAGGCAUGUUAAAAUGGUGAAGAAAGCAAAGGUUUACUCAUAGCUUCAGCUACAAGACUUGAUUAGACAUGUGUGCAUUGUCUUCCAAUCAACCACCCAUCCCAACAUUUGCUGUGACUCCCUCUCUUUAGGCAGCAGGAAGGAAAUGGUGCAAACAGCUCUGAAUUUAUUUUUUGUUUGCUAGGAGUUUUUGCUGGUGAACAUACGAUUAAGUCACGUAAAAGUGUCUAUUGAUUGACUGACACUAAGCAGUUUAUAACCCUGAGCUUGUCCCCCCCCCAGUACGCUGACACUGACUACGAGUUCAGAAGCUAAGAAGGGUUGGGCCUCAGGAGGUAUGGGAAGUGGUGGUGACUCACUAGGAUGGCAGUAUUCUCUGAAUGCUGGGAAUCAAUACCCCAGCAUGGUGUUAGUGGGUACUGUGCUGCUGAAGAUGUUUCCUCCCUGUGGGUUGAAAAACUGAUAUCUGGAUCACUCGUGCACAUUCAAGAUCCCUGGCCCUUUUUGCAAAGUGCGGGAGCGUGUUGUUCUAGACAAAUUUCAGAGCGGGUAAUUCUUUCUACCUAAAUUCCCCCUACAGUUUCAAUUGGCACAGAAAUAUGUACCCAGAGCAGUCUUAGUGGACUUGGAGCCAGGAACCAUGGACAGUGUGAGAUCUGGUCCUUUUGGUCAACUGUUUCGACCUGAUAAUUUCAUCUUUGGACAAACAGGUGCAGGAAAUAACUGGGCCAAAGGACACUAUACAGAAGGAGCAGAGCUGGUAGAUUCAGUGCUUGAUGUUGUAAGAAAAGAAUGCGAACAUUGUGAUUGCUUGCAAGGAUUUCAGCUCACUCAUUCCCUUGGAGGAGGAACAGGUUCUGGCAUGGGAACGCUACUCAUUAGCAAAAUCAGAGAGGAAUAUCCAGAUAGGAUAAUGAAUACAUUUAGUGUCAUGCCCUCUCCAAAAGUCUCUGACACAGUGGUGGAGCCUUAUAAUGCUACACUCUCAGUCCACCAGCUGGUUGAAAACACAGAUGAAACCUACUGCAUUGAUAAUGAAGCUUUGUAUGACAUUUGUUUCCGCACCCUGAAGCUCACCACCCCAACGUAUGGAGAUUUAAACCAUUUGGUGUCUGCUACAAUGAGUGGAGUAACUACAUCAUUGCGUUUUCCAGGCCAGCUAAAUGCUGACCUUCGAAAACUGGCAGUAAAUAUGGUGCCAUUCCCACGCCUUCACUUUUUCAUGCCAGGGUUUGCUCCUUUGACAGCCCGAGGCAGUCAGCAAUACCGAGCACUCACUGUUCCAGAGCUCACUCAACAGAUGUUCGAUGCCAAAAACAUGAUGGCAGCCUGUGACCCAAGACAUGGACGAUAUUUAACAGUAGCAACAGUAUUCCGAGGUCCCAUGUCCAUGAAAGAGGUUGAUGAACAGAUGCUGGCCAUCCAAAACAAGAACAGCAGCUACUUUGUGGAAUGGAUCCCAAAUAAUGUCAAAGUGGCAGUUUGUGACAUCCCACCCCGUGGCCUCAAGAUGGCCUCCACCUUCAUUGGCAACAGCACAGCGAUUCAAGAGCUCUUCAAAAGGAUCUCUGAGCAGUUCUCUGCCAUGUUUAGGAGAAAGGCUUUCCUCCACUGGUUUACAGGAGAAGGGAUGGAUGAGAUGGAAUUUACAGAAGCAGAAAGCAACAUGAAUGACCUGGUUUCAGAGUACCAGCAGUACCAAGAAGCUACGGCAAAUGAUGGAGAGGAAACAUUUGAAGAUGAUGAGGAAGAGAUCAAUGAAUAAAGAAAUUCUGUUUUACACACACUAAUCUACAUCAAAAUUCUCAAAUCUGGAUUUUUAAAAUUAGUCAUAUAUCCAUAUUUAAGAUCUAUCCUCCUUUCUUCAAAAAACAGAGAGAGGAGAAAAAGUAGCUUGAUUCUCAGAGGUGAUGAGUUUCCUUCAGCUUCCAUUGACUUCAGUGGGAACUGAGGGAGAUCAGCACCUCUGAAAAUCAUGCCACUUGUAUAUAGGAGGCUAAUUUUAGGCAUCCAAUUUUAGAAUUUUGACCUAAAAGUUUAAAUACAGAGAUCACUAGAUUUGUCUAAAUAAACAAAAGUUGUCUUCUGUGAAAAGUUGUACAAGAGGUAGAAUGGGGAUGGAAAGUCAUUUGAAAAUAGGGCUGUCCUGUUUUCAUCAAACUGUGAACAGCAAUAACAGCAAAAAUCUUGUGUGUCUUUGAAGUGUUAUUCUGUACUGAAUGUAUAGUACUUAUGUGCCAGGAGCAGAAUCUAUUCGUAAUAAAAGAAAAUUUAAUCAUG